UUAUAAGUCAACCAUCAACAUUUAUGCUACCUAGAAUCUUAAACUUUGGACGUUCAGUUUUAACAGGAGGUUUCAAUAACGGUGGAAAACCUUUAAGUUCAGCCAUUACAAAUCAAGUACCAGGUCAACCAGUAGAGCCAACAGUGCCAACAGCUAUUCAAGCCAGAAACGCCACCUCAGACGCCACAACUGGAUCAUCUUCAACAAUGUCAAACGAUACCGCCACUUUCGCAAACGGUUGCUUUUGGGGAACUGAAGACAUUUUCAGAAAGUAUUAUGGUGAAGGCAAAGGAUUAUUGGAUGCCAAAGUAGGCUAUAUCGGCGGAAAGGAUUCAAGCAAAAACCCAAGUUACGAAGAAGUAUGUACAGGUCGUACAGGACAUGCAGAAGCAACGCAACUCGAAUUUGACCCAAAGAAGGUAUCGUAUGCUGAAUUGGUAGAAUUCUUUUACAGAUCUCAUGAUCCAACCCAAAAGGAUCGUCAAGGUCCUGAUCGUGGAACACAAUACAGAUCCGCUAUCUUCCCACACUCAGCCGAACAAGAAGAAGUUGCCAAAAGGGUGACUGAAGAAGUUCAACAAAAGCACUUCACACCCAAGCAACAAAAGAUUGUCACUCAAAUCGAACAAAGACCGGUCAGCGCCUUCUUUGUCGCAGAGGAUUAUCAUCAAAAGUACUUGGAGAACAAUCCUUCCGGAUAUCACUGCCCUACACAUCGUCUAUGGUGGUAGAUGCAUGUUCUUUCGAAGGAAUGCAUGAUGUAUGUGCCAGUAAUACAAUGAUAUUCACGAGCGAAAGUAGAUGUGUAUAAUACAGAU